AUGGCGAAACGAGGCGGGACUUCACGACCAAUCCAACAAGCACUGGCGCGCCCUAAACCAAGACAGAGUGCUCCGCGAGGGUCGAACAAGAUAUCCUCUGACGAGGAUGAUGAACCUCUACCUCCCCCGCAGCAGACAUCAGCACCUGAACCCCCGGAAACGAUCACGAUUGUUUCUUCAGGCUCAGGCUCAAACUCGCCCCAACCCGGGCUAAACACCUCUCCUAUACGUCCAAACAACCCCAGUCACUUGGAGAACCCUACCGGUCUGCAGUAUCAAAAGCAAUCGCAAGCGCCUCUCGAACUUCUCGACCUCGUCCCAAGCCCAGAGUUCCAGUUAAGUUCAGAUGCAGAGUCCCAGUCAUCAAGCGAAAUGGUAGAAACCCUAUUGGCUGGCCAGCCAGAACAGAAAAGCAUAGUUCUUGGAAGCAAUAGUUCCACUAGCGAAAACGCAGACGACGAAAAGGAACCCACUGAACCCGAGCCUGAGCCAUUGGUAGAAUCUAUUGCAAAUGUGUCACUCUAUGACGAACUGACUGGCCAGGACAAGGAGUCGCACAAGCUGCUGAAGCCGUCGAAAGUGUCAGUCUCGAUGUGCCAGAAACAUUUGAUUGUAGCAUCGGAGAUUGUAUGGCCAGUUUCUCGAAAGAAGAAAAGGAAGGCCAGUGACGCACCCGAGAACGUACCCGCCAAACGGCGCACAACGGCCCUACCUCUCGUCCAGCCUGCCGGGACUUCAAGAGCCUCACCAGCCUCGGGUGCAUCUACUCAUUCCGCGCAGUCCCAAACAUCGAAUCGAUUCAUACAAAGGAAAAUACUGUUGGUUUCGAGUCAUUUGCUCAGAGAGUUUCAAGUCAAGAACAUUCGUCUUCCGAUGACGAGGUUCUUCACGAGAGUUCAAGUUCCCCCGACUCGGCGCCAGCAUCCCGCCCCAGACACCACCCCAGAUUCCCAAUAUGCGCGCUCCGCAACCCAACCUCCGACCACCAGUCCCAGACGAACCUUCCCAGAAUCUCUCCCCAUCAAAGCAGCGUGCGCAAAUCAAAGACGAGGUCAUCAUCCCGGGGACGAGCUCGUCACCUGGCGCGUGGACCUAGUCAACUCGAUGCCCGACUCGUAUCGCAAGAGCAUCGGCGUCCGGGUUUUUGAAGCGUACAUGGACGACGCGAUGCGCUUGACCGAGCCCUGUGCGUCCGCGAUACAGGUUGAGAACAUGGUGGAUUCAGAACCGUGUCCGCCUUGGGAGUUCGUCUACUAUAAUACGAUGCUCUAUGGGACCAAUGUCCCCAAACUGAUUGGAUGCGCUGGAAGGGUGCGAUUUGCCUUGAGGUACUACGCCGAGUAUGGUGGAGAUAUGGAUGGGACAACUGGGUUUGGGUGUGCUGAGGAUGGGACGAUCAAGUAUCAGAAUGGGCGGUGUUUGGGUGUAAUAGCGUUUGCAAAGGAGAACAUUCCGGCUGGAAGAUUCAUCGCAAACGAGCUCCGGGUGUACGAUAACUUUGGACGCACUUAUGUACUCAAUUUCACGCGCUUCUUCAAUCAUUCAUGCGAACCGAAUCUGAAACUGACUGCAUAUUACUGCGACGAUGUGGACAUUCAGAAACCACUUAUCGCGCUUUUCACCUGUGUGGAUGUAAAAGCAGGGUCCGAACUGACGUUUUCGUACACUGGAUUGGACGUUUAUGAUGAGGAGGCGGUUUCAUUCGGAGCGGACGCAGUAUCUCGCGACCAGGAAGAAGCGCAAAAACAGGGCUGGACGCUGGCCAAAGAAUUCAAGCUACACCUACAGCCCGUUCGUUUGAGGAAGAAAUUCAAGCUGGAAGGGUACAUCUUCGAACAAACAAAGAUUUGUUUUGAGGAUCGUAUCAUCGAUGGUAAAUCAAUAUGGGAGAAGUAUAUGUCAACAAUGCAGAUUGUUAUAGGGCAUCCAAACGGGUGGAGUAACCGGGAACAAGCCUUUCUGCGUAAUGCAGCGGUUAAAUGUGGUGUAUUCAACACAUCCCAAUCUACGAUUGCCAAAAACAUCAGCUUCGUGACAGAAGCAGAAGCAUCAGUCCAUUACUGUAUUCAGCAUACCAAUCUUAGUACCGAACUGAAGCCGGGGUCUAUGUUUGCGGUCUGCGACGCUGGAGGUUCAACAGUCGAUACGACCUUAUAUUCAGUAAUCUCUACAGAACCAGACUUGUAG